CCUAGGCUCACAUGUUCGUUUUUGAUUACAGAUAUAUAUUAACGUUGUUUUAUUUUUUAUUUUUUAUUUUUUUAACAAAGGCUCAAGAUGGAGAUAUCAGAAGAGAGCCAUCAACAUCUAGACCACAAGGCGUCGUCGCCGCUUUUCCUUGGAUUUGAUUUGUCGACACAACAGCUGAAGGUCAUCGCGUUACAUUCUGUUCCACAGAAGAAUAAGACGAAUCAAGAUGGAGUAACAUCAGUGCUUGAGACACAUUCCUCAUUCGCUGUUCAUUUCGACUCGGACUUGCCACAGUACAAGACUUGUGGAGGGGUCACCUCUUUUGAACAUCUAAAUGAUAACAGGAACAGAGAUGAUGUUCGAACAACGCCAGUGCUCCUGUGGAUUGAAGCACUUCAAUUGGUCUUGGAUAAAAUGAAGGAUCAAGGAUUCCCAUUUGAACGCGUACAAGCAAUCUCGGGAGCUGCCCAGCAACACGGUAGCGUUUACUGGGCCAAGAAAGAGGCGCAAAACGCAUUUCAGACCAUGCAAUCUAUGAAAUGCGACAACCAAUCAAUGUCUUCAUCGUCGUACUCUCUUGUGGAUAUAUUCAAAAACGCUUUUGCAGUGGCAGAGUCACCCAUUUGGCAAGACACAAGUACCACUAGACAAUGUGAAGAAAUUGAAGAGUAUCUAGGCAGUCUUGUUGCGCAGUCACAAGGAAAGAAUUCUUAUUCAUCAUCAACAUCGCUUAGACGUCUCGGACAACAGCGCCUAGCAGAGCUGACGGGAUCGCGUGCUUAUGAGCGUUAUACGGGGAACCAGAUAUCCAAGAUUAUUCAAAAGAAGCCCGACAUCUACAAUGCUACUGAAAGGAUCUCGUUAGUAAGUUCCUUUCUGGCAUCGUUAUUGAUGGCACAGUAUGCUAUGAUCGACAUGGCUGAUGGAUCGGGUAUGAAUCUGCUCAACAUCGAGACCAAGACAUGGGAUCCACUACUGACAAAGUUCGUCGGACGGGGUGGCCAUAAAAACGGAGAUGAGAAGGAUAAAGCCCUUAGCUUGGUGGAGAAAUUAGGAGAAGUGGAUGCGACUGGUAGGAAGAUCCAAGGAACAUUGAGCAAGUGGUACGUGGAACGAUACGGAUUUCGGAACGACGUCAACAUUGUAACCUUCACAGGAGACAACCCUGCCACAGUUAUGGCGAUGCAUGCAGAGCAAGGAGAUGCAAUCGUCAGUCUGGGAACUAGUGAUACCCUCCUUCUUUACACAGAUAGCCGUGGUGCGGACGCUAGACUCUCUAUUGGAUAUCUUUGUCAUCCUGUAGAUCCCAAUGGAUACUUAAUGCUCUAUUGUGCCAAGAACGGGUCCUUGGCAAGGGAGAAAGUAAGAGAUAUGUAUGCAAACGGUGACUGGGACCAAUUUAAUCGAUAUUUAACAAAGCAAGAGGAUCAGGAAGAUACCAAGAGAAAUAUUGGAUUCUACUUCUUUGACAGAGAGAUCUGGCCGCCAGUCCAAGGCUUGUACCGAUUUCAAGAAGGAGUUCUUGUUCAGGAAUUUGAUUUUAAGAAUAGUGAUAGCAACACCAAUCAGCAGCAGCAGCAACAAGCUAACGUGAUGGCAAUUUGUGAAUCACAAUUCUUGAGUAUGAGGACCCGAUCAAGCCAGAUAGGCUCCUCAACAAUAAGAACAUUGGCGCCGCCUGGAAUCUCAAGGAUCUUAGCCACAGGUGGAGCGUCCUCGAAUCCAGCCAUUCUUCAAUUGCUCUCUAAUGUCUUUGGUGUUCCGGUUAUGAGAACAAACCAAAAUGAGCAGAAGGGGGCUGGUUCUGCCGCUUGGGGAGCUGCUAGGAAAGCUUAUCUCUAUGGUCAGCGUUCAAGCUCCGCUAUUUAUGAGUCUGGUGAUAAGAAUAUGCAAAAUAACGGCAGCAGUGGAGUUGACAUAGCGAAUGAGAAGAGCACUAUAGAACCGGAUCUGGAUCAGACGAGAAAGUAUGUGGAGCUUAUUCCCGAGUUUAUACGGCUUGAAUGCACCCUCUUACAGCGAUAUUCUAAACAAUAA